AUGUUACAGUUGGAUCUGAAUAUGUUUAGUUAUUGGGCCAAAUACCCGGUAGUAAAAUCAGCCAUGAUAGCCCACCCGGAAGCUGAAUGGAUCUGGUGGGUUGAUUCCGACGCUUUCAUUACUGACAUGGAUUUCAAUCUUCCACUAGAAAAAUACAAAUCCCAUAAUUUGAUCAUUCACGGUUGGGAUCACCUGGUGUUUCAAAAGAAGAGUUGGACUGGGUUGAAUGCUGGGGUAUUCCUGAUCAGGAACUGUCAAUGGUCGAUGGAUUUGUUAGAAAGAUGGGUUAAAUUCGGGCUCAAGUAUAAAAAAAGGGGGGAAAUUCAGAAAUCAAUCUUCAAAGACAAAAGUUUCCCAGAAGCAGAUGAUCAAACAGGGAUAGCAUAUAUAAUGGUAAAAGAAGGGGAAAAAUGGAAUGAGAAAAUAUACUUAGAAAAAGAGUAUUAUUUUGAAGGGUAUUGGUUAGAAAUUUUAGAUAAACUAGAAAACAUUACAGCGUAUUAUAGCAAGAUAGAGAAAAGGGAGCGCAGGUUAAGGAGGAAAAAUGGAGAGAAAGCAGGAAAAGAGUAUCGUGCGCAGUGGGAGGAGAUAAGGGAAAAAGAAAUGGGGAUAGAAAUGAAAAGGCCAUUUAUAACACAUUUUACAGGGUGUGAACCAUGCAGUGGAAAACAUAAUGAAAAGUAUAGUAGAGAAGCUUGCUUAAAGGGGACGAAUAUGGCUUUGAAUUUUGGUGAUAAUCAAGUGCUGAGGAAUUUUGGGUAUUUUCGAUCCUAUUUGGGUAAUACUUCUUUUGUUGAACCUAUUCGUCUUUGA